CUCGUUCCUUCGUAACGUGUAGCAGCCGCGCCUCAAAGUUGAAGGGAUCCCUUUUCUCAUACACAGCACGUCAAAAUGACAAAGAGAACCAAGAAGGCUGGUAUUGUUGGAAAAUACGGCACCCGAUAUGGUGCUAGUUUAAGGAAGCAAAUUAAGAAGAUGGAAGUGAGUCAACACAGUAAAUUCUUCUGCGAGUUCUGUGGAAAGUAUGCAGUUAAGAGAAAGGCUGUGGGUAUUUGGGGCUGCAAAGAUUGUGGAAAAGUGAAAGCUGGAGGUGCUUACACAUUGAACACCGCCAGUGCUGUGACUGUCCGAAGCACCAUCCGGAGGCUGAGAGAGCAGACUGAGGGUUGAAAGGAGUUUACACUUUCCAUUUUGUUUCAGAAGCUAAGCCUAAAUUUUGUUAUUUUAAAAUUAUCAUACUUUGUU